AUGCGAUUAAGUUGUGUGGUGGUCGGCCAAUAAAUUGUGGUGGUCAAAAGCAAAGCAAAGAGUACACAUAAAACGAAAACGGAGAUGUUAAAAAUAAAAUAAAAGAAAACGGAAACAGUAAUUUAAAUUACAAGUGGUAAUCAAGCGGAUUAAGCAAAGUCACAGUACACAACUAUUUGGGCAUUCAACGGCAACAAUAAUAAUAAUAAUCAACUACGCACCGACUAACCGACAAAAACCAACACCAACACUGACACCGACGACCGACGGUGCGAUUAACGCCCUCUCCCCCUGCGCUCCGUAAUUUUGGCACCCGCACUCACACACACGCACACACACACACGCGCACGCAUACACACACGCUCCAAGAGCAACAUACGCACAGUUCUCUCUCCCUAUCGGUGUGUGUGUGCAUACAAGCAUCAUCAUCAUCAACAUCAUCAUCGCAAUCAUUAUCGUCAUCAGGCGCACAAACACUGUAACACUUAUUAUCUGUACACCGCAUUUAUCAACGCCGUUGCCGAAUCAUUCCUCCCCACCAACCAACCAAUCAUCCAAUUCCCUUGCCCUCCCAUCCAGCCUGAUCCACAACAUCAUCAACUUUGUUUGCUAUUGUUGUCUGCUGCUGCUGUCAUUUGUUUUGUUUCCUUAAAUGUGAACGCAUCUACACACACACACACACAAACACACACACUCUCAUACACACAAAGUACGAAGGAGCAAACAAAGAACACUUCAAAAGAGUGCAAGCAAGCAAGAAAGAGAGCGGGAGAGAGAGAGAGAAAAGAGCGCGUGUAAAAAUUGACUCCUGCCGAGUGUGUGACAAAGAGAUCGAAAUAGAGCCAGCCUAAAUAUAUAUUGAACGAUCAGCCGGUGGGGGGGGAGGAGGCAACGGGGCAGGAGCAAGGGCCGGGGCCAGGCGUUAAGCGUUAGAAAACUCCUCCUAUGGGUCAAAAGGCAAGCACACCAGCGACCAGCGGCCAGCAGAGCCCACGCUCCCGAACAUUCUCCAGUAGCUCAACGGGCGCAACGGCAACAUCGGACACCUCGCCCCCCAACGUGGGUGGGCGUGGCAACGAUGCUACCGGGCAGGGCUUCAAUUUGCUGCGCCAAUUGCCGGGACUGCAGGUCUAUCAUCAUCAUCACCAUCAGCAUCAGCCGAACAACUCAACUUCCAUCGAUCGACAACGUGCGCGCAGCUUAAGCUCCGUGCCAGACAUACAACAACAACAACAGCAGCAGCAACAACAGCAACAACAACAGCAGCAGCAACAACAACCACAUCCCGCCGUCUCCGUCUCUGUGUCAGCGAAUUCAACAAAUAGCAAUAAUAGUUAUCAAGCGGCAGCCAACAAUAAUAGCUCAUCCAUUGCCGCACAAAACUAUAUGCAACAGCGUCGUGCUCUGGGUGACUCAAUACGUGACAUGUCAAUGACGGGCGCCAAUAUUGUUGAGAGCAUCGCUUUGGCCGCAUCCGCAACGUCAACGAAUGGCAUUGGACGUGUCUACACAGCGACAUCGCUGCCAUCGCAUAUUUGGUCCUUCAAUGGCAUCAAGUGUCCCGUGUGCAAUAAGUUCGUCUUGCCCGACGAUAUUGAAUGCCAUUUAGUUAUGUGCCUAACAAAACCACGACUCUCAUAUAACGAGGAUACAUUAUCCGAUGCUAAAGGCGAGUGCGUCAUAUGCCUUGAAGAUCUGAGUCCAGGUGAUACAAUUGCUCGGUUGCCAUGUCUAUGCAUCUACCACAAGGGCUGCAUUGAUCGUUGGUUUGAGGUGAAUCGCUCAUGUCCCGAGCAUCCAGGAGAUUAGUAAUAAUCUAGGCUGGAAAGCAAAGGCCAAACAUAAUACACACCGAGAGAGAGAAUGAGCUGGGCAGUUGUUGGAGAAGAAAGAAGAAAAAGAAGCGCAGUGAAAUGGAUUUAAGAAGCAACGAGUGGAGAGGAGAGGCUACUACAGAGGAGCAGAGUUUCGAUCGACCGAUCGAUCGAUCAUUUUGACCUACCGACCGACCGACUGUUUAUGCAAAAAACACAAAGAAAAAAGAAAAAAUCAACAAAAAAAUGUAUAAAAAAAAUCAACACAAAUCAAAUGCAAGCAAAUCAAUUUAAAAUGCUAAAAUGUUAGUAAGAAACAAACAAAGGACAAAAGUAAACGAAACCAACCAACCCACAAAUAUGUAACGAAGCAAACAAAAAAUAUGAUGAUUGAUGUAUGAUGAAUGAUGAAUGGUGAUCGUAAUGAUGGGACUAUGAUGAGAAUGAUGAUGAUGUGAAAUGCAUGUAAGCGAAGCAACCAACCAACCAACAAAAGAAUGUCAACCAAUGUGAUGUUAAAUUUUAUAUUUUGUACUAUGGAUGUAAUUGUAAUUGUAAUGUAUAUGUAUGUAUUUAUUAUUUUAAACAACAAACUAAACAUAGGAUAAACACAAAAACAAGCAACUAAACAUAAAGUAUACAACAAAACACCCACAACACAACACACCCACACACACACUAUAAAUAAUUAUGCUUAAUUAGAGAGCAAAAGCAAAGCAACCAAAAACAAAUCAAACAAAAAAACAUUAAUUAUUUUUUGCAAAUCCUUGUGUUUAUCCAACGUCAUAAAUUAGUUAUUGCUAUUUAUAUAUGAUUACUUUUAUCACACACAAACCACUUUUUUUUGUUAUACCACACAAAUUGUAUCUGUUUGUAUUGUUAAUUUUAAAAAAAGAACGAAAAACAAAAAAAAAAAAACAAAACUAAUAUGCGUAAAUAUUGCAAAUAUUGAACCAUCUGUCAUGUGAAAAUUCUGGUCAAACGAAUGCUUAAGGCAAUUUAAAUGUUUAAAUGUAUUUCAAGUUUCAAAACUGGCUAAAUGGAGUUCCUGUCUUAGACAUAAGGGAUCCAAUAAACAAAGCCGCAUUCACAAUCCGUAACACGUAUGCAAAUUACGUGCUGUGCCGUAAAUACACGCAUAUAAUUUA